CUACUUUCUCAUCCACUCCUGUCGUUGUUCAGCUUAGCUUGGAAGGGAGGAGAAGAAUCUUUUUGUUCCUCCUGUCCUGUCCAUAGCUCAUGCAACACAAGCCAUUAAUCUAAUCUUGCAUUCAUCUACAUCUAAUCAUCUACUCCUACAAAUCUUGUAGUAUUAAAGAAGCUUAAAUGAUUAAGAUUUUUUAAAAAAAUCAAUAAGUUCAAGAAGAUUCCCUUGCUCUCCUGACUUCUCCACCCCGUUCCAAGAACAAAGCAGACAGAGAGCGAAGAAGCAACAAGGCAAAAUGUGUUCCAUAAGGAGCUUUGCUUUUGUGCUGGUAUUAGCAUUUUCAGUUGCAGUCGCGGAGAGCAGAGAUUCAUUUAAUGUAUUGGCUCAUAAAAGCUUUCCCCUUGAAAACAAGAAGACAGGGUUAACUUCAGCCAAUGGAAAGCUGUGUCAACUAUGCGAGCAGUACUCAACGGAAGCACUGUUCUACCUCCAACAAAAUGAAACCCAAACUGAGAUUCUUAGCAUCCUCCACCAUGCAUGCGCAAACGUUGGACCUCUAAAACAGCAGUGCAUCACUCUGGUUGACUACUACAUUCCCCUUUUCUUCUUGGAGGUUUCGAUGGUAACACCUGAAAAGUUCUGUGAAUCAGUGCAUCUCUGCAGAAAGGGAACGAUGCUUCGCCUACCAUCUCGAGGAGAUACAUGCGGCAUAUGCCAUCAUGUUCUUGUUGAAGUUCUUAUCAUGCUAAAGGAUCCUGACAUGCAGCUGGAGAUAGUCGAGAUAUUUCUCAAAGCAUGCAGCAAGGCAGAUAAUUAUGUACAGCAGUGCAAGAAGAUGGUCCUUGAAUAUACCCCUUUGAUUCUGGUGAAAUCUCAGAAGUUUCUUGAGACGACAGACGUCUGCUCUACAAUUCAUGCAUGCAAAACGGGGACACAAGCAUCUGCAGAAACCAUGCUUCUGUCUGCCGCAUCGUGAAAACAAUGCAAAUCAAGAAAUUGCUACUUAUUUCCCAAGAGAUUGAACCGGUAAUGAAUUGAAGAUCAGAUGCCUGUGGGAAUUCUUUACUCUAUUGCUGAAACAGUAUUGAGUGAGGCAAAAAAAAAUGUUGUAUGUAGAGAUUUGUGUUGUAUAUUUUGAACCUACACUGCUCUCAAGUUUGAAGCAUGGAGCAGCUGUACCACCGUUCAUCGAUGAUCGAGCAUACAAAGUUACAAACUGUCUGAUGUCAUUGAAUUUGGAAGUUACAUGUGCAAUUAUCGCAUUGUAUCAUUAUCAUUUGACAAACAUUCAUACUAUUAUUAUUCAGUGUUUCUCUGUU